AUGCAAGGAACCACAGACCCAGUGUAUUACCACAUCACUGACUCGACUCAAAUUGCCAAAGUCAACAUGAAACGACUCCUGUCUCACUCAAAUACGAAGAUGGAACUAACAGUGUACCUGGUGCAGAAGUCUAUGGAAUAUGCUGUGCAAAAUGGAGGACGUUUUGUUGUGUCAUGGGCAUGUCAAUGUGAAGCUACUCAUCAAAGAACUGAGUAUCUCCAAAGUAAUCAGGAAGAGGCUGACACGAAGUUACUUUUGCAUGCUCUUGAUGCCUCUGCCAAUGGUGCAACUAUACUGACAAUCCACUCGCUAGACACAGAUGUCUAUGUGUUGUCCCUAAGAUGCUAUCCGGAGCUCUGCCAAAACACCUACUUCGUAACUGGUACAGGCCAAAGACAUCGA